AUGAUGCAUAAGGAGAACAACGUAUUGGUGCUUGAUGAAGCGACUGUAUCAGUUGAUACUGCUACAGACAAUUUGAUACAACAAACUCUUAGGCUACAUUUCGCCGACUCAACAGUCAUAACCAUUGCACAUAGAAUCACUUCUGUUCUUGAUAGUGAUAUGGUCUUGCUUCUUCAUCAAGGAUUAAUUGAGGAAUAUGAUUCACCUUCAAAAUUGCUAGAGGAUAGAUCAUCAUCUUUUGCUCAACUUGUUGCAGAGUAUACAAUGAGGUCUAAAUCCACUUUUGAGAAAUCUGCUGAUCAUUACUGACUGGAAAAUGGUACAAAAUACCAAAACUUACAAGUUUCUUGACAAUAAC